CCUUCUAGUAGAUAUUAAUAACAUAAGAAUUUUUGGUCCUUCUUAUGUUUUUCUUAUGAGCCUCUUAUGAAAAUCUUAUAAGAUUCUUAUAAGACACUUACGACUGUCAAUGGGAAAUCUUAAACAAUCUUAUAUAAGAAACUGAUAAGAUUCUUAUAAGAAUCCUAUCAGUUUUAGCAAAAAACUAGGGUGCAAACUGCUCAUUUGUUGUGCGAUCAAUGGGGCACUUCUUCCCGAGUUCUCCGUCCCGACAUCAAGAAUGUAUCCACUAAACACAAAUGCCAUCCGGCAUCCUCUGACAUUCAGAAAAUAUAUGAACAGCGUCAUCGUUCGAAGUAUUCAUUCGCUGCAUGAUCACUGAGUCGCUGCUUCCAGAGUUGUUCCUCGUGACAGCAGCAACAAUAUUUUCACUCAACUCAAAUGUCAUCUGGCAUUCUUCACAUACAGCCAAUACAUGAACAGCGUCAUUUUUCUAAGUAUUCAUUAAUGCAUGAUCGUUGAGUCAUUUCUUCCCCAGUUCUUCGUCAUGUCAUCAACAAUAUUUCCACUCAACUCAAAUGACACCUGGUGCUCUUUCACGUGCAACGAAUAUUUGAUGAGCGUCAUCGUUCCAGCAAUUCAUUAGCUGCAUGAUCAGUCGAUUCUUCCACAGUUCUUCCUUGUGACAUCAGCAAUGUCUCCACUCAACUCAAAUGUCAUCUUAAAUGCAGCGAAUACAUGAACAGCGUCAUGCUUCCAAGUACACAGACUAUUUACUGUAUAACAAAAAAAAUGACUUUUAAUCGGCUAAAGACUGCCUGUUAAUAUUUACUUUUUCUUGUCCAUUAUUUCAACGUCAGUCACGGUCUAAAAACAGGCUUUUAACUGCAUGUAGGUAAAACUGAAAUUGAUUAAAACCCUCCCAGUUUAAAUGUCUAAACCGGUUAAAAAAAUUGUCUCACUCAUCUAAAAAUGUGUAUUAAACAGAUGCUGGAUGCAUUAUUAAUGGCUAUAUAACAGACAAUUAAUUAUACAGUUGCUAAUGACCUGACUGAUGAUAACUCGAUAAUCGCCAGUCGAUUAAUUAUAGAUGUUACGUUUCGUGCUGAUUGAUCGUCUAUUUGUCUUAGAAAUUAAUUUUUACACAAAGAGUGAUGAGUUGUACAUAGGGACAUUUCGUUUUCAAGAUUAUUUCAAUAAGGGAAAUUAAUUUGUACAGAAGCUAUUUAGAAAAAUUCGCUGCUGGUAUGUACAAUAAUCAAAUUAUUUAAAUAAUUGCUAUUAUGAGAAUAAUCAUAAGCAUAAAGAAUGAACUGUAGAUACGACAGUGUUUUAAAAAUAAUUAAACUUUAUGAGUUGACUCAAAAUAUGACAUAGUGGUUUCAUUAGGACCAUUUAUUUCGCUCACCUAAAUGUUAAAUUUUCAUCAAAUUAAUCAUAUCAGGAAUCGUCGUGGAUCGAAAAUCUUAUAGGAUCUCACAGGAUGUUAUGUGACGAGUCGAAAAUUUUCGAAGUACUAAUGAGACAGAACAGGAUGAAAAUUUUUUAACUGUAAAUGAAACGGGACAGAAAUAUUAGGCUUCUUGCAGCUGACACUUAAAUGAAAUAUGUCUACUGCCGAAGUUUUAUCUAACAUUUUUUAUCCAUUGUCUUAUAAUCGUCAGAAAAUAACAUGUCUCUUGGAGCACAAAAAUAGUUCAUACUCAAAUAUCGAACAUGAAAAAAAAGCUUGAAAGCAAUUGUUGGAAGGUUUUCAAGUAUCUCACAAAGGAAAAUGAUAACAAUAAAUUGAAGCGUAUUGAUGGUUAUGUCAUAUCGUAGCUGCAAAAAAGGUACGUAUCAACCAGUAGUACUAGAAUAUUAAAUAACCAUCUGUAUGUAACAGGUUUAACUAAAUUAACAAUGUACAGAUAAAAUACAAAAGUAGUUUUCAAAAAGUUCAUAUCAAGAGUCAGUUCAUUAUUGGUUUGAAUUGAGGAACUGUUUCUAGAUGAAAAGUACCUUUUUCUACAGUCUGAGUAUACGAUGGUGAGAAUUAAUUAAAAAAGAUCGCCGUAAGGCUUAGGUUGUUAUUCUCUCAAUAUAUAUUGAAUUGCAUUCAUCUGUUUAUGAUGUUCUAAAGCACACAUUUUAUCUUCUACAAAACGGAUUCUGAAUAUAUGUUGUUUGUGAGAGAAAAGAGUGUUUUAGUAUCUCAUUAUAAAUAAAGGAAAAAAAAAUUCUAGAUAUUGUUGAGAAAAGAAAAUCUAACUACUGUCACUUGUCGGGCGUAAUAGAAUUAGUUACAUUUAUGAAUAUAAUCAAUUAAUUCAAAUAAUUUCGAUUUUGAGAUCCUAUCACUUUCUUAUAUUUUCUUCUAAAUACAUUUUAAAGUUGUCUUUACGAGUUUGUGAUGCGGUUAUUGUUCAUCAUUGUUGACUUUUAUGUAUUAUUAAUCAUUGUUCUCACACAAGAAGAAAAAAAACAUGAAUGUUGGCCAACGGCGAACAAUUUAACUUGUGUGUUAAAUAAUCUUCUAAUUAAUUAUAAUAAAAAACUAAGACCAAAUUAUGAUGGUCAGCCACUUCGUGUUCAAAUUUAUAUGAUGAUUAUCACUUUGGGACCAAUUUUUGAACAUGAUAUGUCUUACACAAUGAACUGUUUUUUUCGUCAAAUAUGGGUUGAUCAAAAUUUAACUCUUCCCCAGGAAGUAUCAAACAUAUCCGUAUCUACGAAAUUAUUGAGUGCUAUAUGGAAACCUGAUACAUAUUUUCUCAAUAGUCAUUCAAGUUGGCUACAUUCGAUACCAACAGCUAAUCGUUUAUUAAGAAUUUUGGAAAAUGGGAGACUUUUAUAUUCUAGCCGGAUAACGUUGAGAGCCGGAUGCCCUAUGAAAUUAAGAAAAUUUCCGAUGGAUGUUCAAACGUGCCCAUUACGUAUAGGAAGCUAUGCCUAUUCAACACAAGACGUUAUCUAUGAUUGGCGUCAAGAUGGAGUUGAGAUGAACAAUUUAAAACUAUCACAAUUUGAUCUUUUCGAAUAUGGAAUAUCAAAAGAGAAUAUUGAUAUGGAUGGACGUAUGUUUGAAAUUCGUCUAUGUUACAACUUCAAUGGCAAAGACAUUCAUAUAUUACUUUUAGGUAACCAUUCCGUUCUUCAUUUGGAUUUACGAAUGCGACGACAUAUGGGUUAUUAUGUGUUGCAAAAUCAAUAUCAUGAAAAUCAUGUCGACGGUAGUUUUGAUUCGUCAGAUGACAGCAGAAUAGAAGAAGUAGAACAAUCAAUGGUUAAAUUAAAAAGGUUAUCAACAACAACAGAAAGUCCAUUGUUGUCUAAUCAAGUUACCGUCAUUCAAGAAAAUAUACGUACAUCAUCGUUAAAAAAAUGGAGUCGUUGUUGGUCAUCAUCGGUGUGUUUGAAUAAACUAAAAUGUAAACAACAACGAAAAAAAUAUGGAUCAAGAACAUAUGUACAAGAUAAUAAUAGUGUUAAUAAACUCGAUCGAUUAUCGCGCAUCGCGUUUCCACUGCUAUUUGUCGUAUUAAAUUUUGUUUAUUGGUAUCUCUACUUGAUUAAAAUACCUGAUGGAGUCUGA